AUGCCUAGACGCUCCCGCAGUAUGAGCCGCCUUCCUUAUUCAUUGGAGAGUGAAGCUGCAUCUCUUCGUGCCGAGAACAGGCGUCUGCGGGAAGACCUCAUCGACGCGCGCCGUAACGAGAUGGCUCUUACCAGUACCAUUGCCAGACUGCAAGGCGACUUGCAGCGUCUGGCAGUCACAACUGACGUGGCCCGCCAGCAAGACUUUCACGUGCAGGCCAUGCAUGCUCAGGUCGCGUACACCGCAAACCACUUCCGGUCUCAGGCUUUGACUGCAGCCAGCCAAAGAGUCGCAGCAAGGCUUUCAUCGAUGGGUCGCCGCCUCGCUGAGAUCGCAAGGAACGUUCGCUCUGGUGACGGGACUAUGUACUACGCGCACAGAGGUGCGGAGCAGGCGCUGUAUGACUUAGCGAGUGAGGUUCAGAGCUUGCAGCGUACGGCAGAUGGGUACAUCGGCCCCAUCUAG